AUGAUCGCCCCCAAGUUCCUUUCGCUUGCGACCUUUAUCGCGGUCGCGGUGCAUAUCUCUGGUCUCGCGACCGCACACUCGGAGCAGGUUAACCCCCUUGCAUCCCUCGGCAAUGCCGACCCUCUUUCCAUGCUGAUGAACAGCAUCCAGUCGCAGAAGUCGCAGACGGAUGCGGACCCCGAGAACCCCCUCGCGUCGAUGAUGAGCAGCGUUGUGCCGAUCGCUGCCCCGCCUCCGGACAUGUCGAUCUACCACACUGUGCCUCCUCGCCCGCGCUGGGGUGCGGCAGCGGCCUUUGUCCCUUCCGCGAACGCCGUGGUGAUCAGCGGUGGCCAGACCGACACGCACUCGACGCUGACCAACGAGACGUGGGUGCUCGACAUGAGCGGCCUCCAGGACUUGCAGCGCUCGAUCGCUGCGUCCCAGGUCACCCCCUGGCUCAAGGUCCAGCGCUCGAACCACAGCGAGUCGGUCCCGCCGCUCGCGUACGCCUCGGCGGCCGUUUCGUCGAACCUGUGCCCCGGUGGUUCGCAGGACACCUUUUACGUCGUGGGUGGUAAGACGGAGUACUGCAAGACGGAUCUUGCGCCGAUCUACUCCUACUCCCUCGACCUGGUGAACUCGACCCUCUACGGCACAUGGCGCUCGAUGAAGGGCAAGGGCCAAGUCGCCCGCCGCACGCACGCCAAGGCCGUCAUGCCGCCGCGUGGCCUCGGCAACGACCGCUCGAAGUCGAUGAUCGUGCUCGGCGGUGAGAACUGGGACGAAGUGUGCCACGAUGCCACGCCCCCGGCCAAGACCCGCGAGCCGACCAUGGACGUCUGGUCGCUGCCGGAGCCGUACGGCGAGACGUGCCGCGGCACGCUGCAGUCCUCGAACCCGCUCUUGAAGCACAACGCGACUGCGCACCAGCUGCAGUUCCGCGAGCGCCUCGCCUCGGUGCCGCUCUCUGACUACGCCGCCGUGGCACUUCCCGAGCACCUCGUGAACCAGACCACGCGCCAGUUCUCGGAGCCGGUCAUGUUCCUUGGUGGCCGCGACUACAAGAACCGUCUCGUCUCGUUCCACAAGCCUUGGGUGCUUGACACGGCCACCGGCCGCUGGGAACGUUGGGUGACGGCCGGCGAUGUGCCCCCGCCGCGUGUGGGCCACACCGCCGUGCACCUCUCCGACGGUACCGUGAUGGUGUACGGUGGCUACAAGCAGAACAGCGCUCAGGGCGUGAGCAACGAGCCCACCGACGAGACCUUCCUGCUGAACCCGAACGUGACGCCGGCACACUGGUCGCGCGUCAAGUACGCCCCGCGCCCCGCCAACGGCCCCGAGCCGAGCGCCCGUGCGUUCCACUCGGCGACUGUCGUCGAGGACGUGAUGGUCGUCGCCUUCGGUCAGCAGUACAAGAGCACCGCGUACGGUUUGGAGAAGCGCGGCGGCACCAACGUCAACGCCUCGGAGCCUCUGGUCAUGUACCUCGAGACGCGCCCGACGGCGAUGCAGUGGCGCUGGACCGACAAGCUGAGCGCUGUUGUUGCCGGCCGUGUCACGGCGAGCUUCCUGGGCGUCGAAAUGGGCGAGCAGGCUGGUAACGACGCCAACGGCGACGCCUCGGCCCCUGGCCAGGGCUCGUUCGGCAACAGCGGCAGCGUCGGCGCGGUGUCUAUCGAUGGUUCGCGCACCGGCUCGCAUGGCGAGCAGGGUGCCGCUGGCGAGGCCGGCGGCACCGGCGCGGUGCCCAACACCGAUGGCUCCAACGGCCAGCAGGUGCAGGGCGGCAACGGCGCGAGUGGCUCGCACGGCAGCCACGGCGCUGCGGACAGUGCGGACGGCGCGAAGGGCGCGGGUGCGCAGGGCGGGCACGGCUCGCAGGCCGAGCACGGCUCGCAGGGCGCUCACGGCUCGCAGGGCGGCGCUCACGGCGCCGGCUCGAGCGAUGCUAACGGCUCCCACGGCGCCAGCGGCUCCAACGCUUCGCACAGUUCGCAGGGCAAUGGCUCCAACUCGGGCAGCGGCUCCGGCUCGGACUCUGACUCGGGCUCUGGCUCGGGCAAGGGCUCGGACUCGAACUCUGGCUCGGGCAAGGGCUCGGGCAAGGGCUCGGACUCUGGCUCGGGCUCUGGCUCGGGCAAGGGCAGCAACGGUUCGGGCAGCGGCCCUACGCCGUCGCACGCUCCCCCGACGACGACGUCCUUCCCCGACAUGAUCCCCGUUUCGGGCACGCCUGCCCAGGUCACUGGCUUUGCAGGCGCGCCCGGCGCCGGCUCGGGCUCCUCUGCGGCGCCCAGCAAGGGCAAGAACGGCAAGGGCAAGAGCAGCGGCAGUGAGGGCACUUCGGCGACCAAGGGUCCCGAGGCCGACGGCGGCUGGUCGCCGCCGAGCGGCUCGACGACCCCGAUCUCGGACCCCACGACGGCUGCUCCCUCGCCUACCGGUGCUGCCGGCCAGUCGAGCUCGGGCGACGCGUCGCCGACGGGUGCUGCGGACAAGAACGGCAAGGACGACAAGAACGGUGACCACAAUGGCCAUAACAACGGCGAGUCGACGGCGCGUACCGGUGCGAUUGCCGGUGGUGUGAUUGGUGCUGCUGCCCUUGCGGUCGGUGCGGUGAUCGGUGGCCUGUACGCCUACCGCAAGCGCCGCGAGUCGCAGCAGAUCACCAUGCUCCGCUCCAACGGUGUUGUGCCCAAGGACCGCCGCGACGACCCCGAGUUCGGCUCGGCGCCCCCGGUCUCUUCUCUCUGGCUCCAGCAGCCGAUGAAUAGCGCGGGCGCUGAGGCGGAGCCUUACGGCCGUCGCUCGAACAUGUCGGGCUACUCGAUGCAGGGCCACGCCGGCACGCCGCUCUCGGCCUCGCCGGUCGGCGGCCGCUCGAUGGCGACGGACGCCUCGCGCCACACCGUCCGCGGUCCUCGUGACACGCACCCGCACGUCCCGUCGAGCCUCGCGGCCGGCGGCGCGGCUGCCGGUCUCGGCGCGGCGGCGGCGGGCGGCUACGCUGCGCACGAAUACUACUCACCGCAGAACCAGCGCGAGGGACGCACGGACUCGAACGGCUCGCACUGCUCGUACCCUUACCUGAGUGGCAUGCACCGCGCCAGCCCCGAGGACUCGAACCAGGGUCUGGACCACGACGCGCCGACGGACGUCUCGACGUCCGUCGACACGCACGGUGACUCGGACUCGCUGUACAGCAACUCGGUGGACGGCAAGACGGUCAUCCACGGUGAGGAGCAGGGCAUGCGCACUGCGCCGUCGUUCCGCUUCCCGGAGACGCGCGCGCAGUCGCCCAAGCCGAUGUCGUACCCGAUUCCUCGUCGCGACCAGCAGUCGUCGACGCUUCGCGUGAUGAACUAA